AUGAUAACUGACGCCGAAUUAAACUACAAAGAGGGAACUCCAGCUCCAACAUCUGAAGAUGUCUCUAGCAAUUUGCAACAUCAACGACCAUGCCAUACCGCUUCUACUUCAAGACCUGGCUGUGGAACCGCGGUAGGCUUGAGAUAUGAAGCUGUAUCAGGGUCUGGCUAUGAAACCACCUCAAGAUCUGGCUAUGAAGCAGCUUCAGGGUCUGGCUUUGGAACCGCCUUAGGCUCCAGUUAUGAAGCUGCUUCGGGGUCUGGCUAUGGAACCGCCUCAGGUUCUGGUUAUGAAGCUGUUUCACGGUCUGGUUAUGGUACCGCCUCUGCCCCUGGCUACGAAGCUGCUUCAGGGUCUGGUUAUGAAGCCGCCUCGGGCCCUGGCUAUGAAGUUGCUGGGUCUGGCUACAAAACUGCAGUUUCUGAGUACGAAACUAAUCUAAACUAG